AUGGCGAGCAAGAUCACGCCCUUCCUCCUCCGCUCCGGCGCCCGCUGCGCCUCGCGCGUUGCCCGUCCUCAGAUCCGCGCAUUCUCCAUCACAGCCAGCAGGCCUAGCGAUACCCUCCAGGUGCACCGAAACACACCCGACAACAACCCCGACAUCCCCUUCAAGUUCAACGCCCAGAAUGAGAAGCUCAUCGCCGAGAUCCUUAAGCGAUACCCCGCCCAGUACAAGAAGGCCGCCGUCAUGCCCCUGCUGGACCUCGGCCAGCGCCAGCACGGCUUCACCAGCAUCAGCGUCAUGAACGAGGUCGCCCGCCUGCUCGAGAUGCCCCCCAUGCGAGUCUACGAGGUCGCUUCCUUCUACACCAUGUACAACCGCACCCCCGUGGGCAAGUUCUUUGUCCAGGCCUGCACAACGACCCCCUGCCAGCUCGGCGGCUGCGGCUCCGACGUCAUCGUCAAGGCUAUCAAGAACCACCUCGGCAUCAAGCAGGGCGAGACCACAAAGGACGGCCUCUUCACCUUCAUCGAGGUCGAGUGCCUCGGCGCCUGCGUCAACGCCCCCAUGAUCCAGAUCAACGACGACUACUACGAGGAUCUCACCCCGGAGACCGUCGUCAAGCUGCUCGAGGACCUCAAGGCUACCGGCACCACCAGCAAGGCCCCCAUCGCAGGACCCCUUUCCUCCAGAAAGUCGUGCGAGAACAGCGCCGGCCUGACGAACCUGACAUCAGAGCCUUGGGGAGCGGAGAAGACGAGAUCGGAUUUGUAA